AUGAACGGGCAUGGGCAUAGGCAUGGGCAUAGGCAUGGACAUGUACAUGGGAAUGGGCAUGGGGCAGAACAAGGGGGCGAUGAGCAGGAGCAGCAGCAGGGGCAUGGUCGGGGAGGGUCGGCAUCUGACUGGGACGAGUUGGCACAGGCGUUCUGCGCUGGCAGCGACGGUGAUGGGCGCGCGAGAACAGGCGUUGAGGGAGGGGAGGGGGGAGAGCAUGGAGAGGCGAGAGAGGGCGGUGAUGGCCUGCAGUCUGGGUUGGCAGAGGGGCGGGGGGCAGGGGGAGAGGAGGUAGAGGAGGCGGUGGGGGAUGGUGCGUGUGUGGGAGAGGGAGGUGUUGUGGAUGGGGUAGAGGCGGAUGUUGAGGAUGGGGAAGGGGGUGAUAGUGAUGAGGAGAGCACUGAUGGUGAUGGCGGUGCAGCGAGGGAGAAUGGGAGGUUGGAUAAGGAGGUAGCGGAGGAGGAGGAGGAGGAGGAGGAGGAGGAGGAGGAGGAGGAGGAGGAGGAGGAGGAGGAGGAGGAGGAGGAGGAGGAGGAGGAGGAGGAGGAGGAGGAGGAGGAGGAAGGCGAGGAGGACGAAGACGAGGACGAGGAGGAGAGGGGAGAUAGGAGGGAGGGGGUGGAUGCGGGGAGCAGGGCAGAGGAGAGUCCCCCGGAGCAGCUCACGUACCCCUACCUUGUGGUGCGCUGGGAGGCGGGUGUGGG